AUGCACAGAACUUACUCCUUAAGAUCCAGCAGAGCUCCAACAGCUUCCCAAUUACAAAGCCCACCACCACCACCAUCAUCUACCAAAUCCAAGUUUUUCGGUAAAGGCUCAAUUUCACACUCCUUUCGUAAAUCUGCUGCUGGUGCGUUGGGUCCUGAGUUGGCCAGAAAAUUAGCCAUCUUGAUCAAGAUGGAAAAGAACUUGAUGAGAUCCAUUGAGAUUACCUCAAGAGAAAGAAAGGACUCAGCUAAGCAAUUGUCUCUUUGGGGUGAAAGCAACGAUGACGAUAUCAGUGAUAUCACUGAUAAAUUGGGUGUCUUGAUCUACGAGAUUGGUGAAUUGGAAGACCAAUUCAUUGACAGAUAUGACCAAUACAGAAUUACCUUGAAGUCCAUCAGAGACAUUGAAGGUUCAGUGCAACCAUCAAGAGAGAGAAAGCAAAAAAUCACCGACCAAAUCGCCUACUUGAAGUACAAGGACCCACAAAGUCCAAAAAUUAACGUUUUGGAACAGGAAUUGGUGAGAGCCGAGGCCGAGUCUUUGGUUGCUGAAGCUCAAUUGUCCAACAUUACCAGAGAAAAAUUAAAGACUGCAUUCAACUACCAAUUCGACUCUAUUAGAGAGCACGCGGAAAAGAUUGCCUUGAUUGCUGGUUACGGUAAGGCCUUGUUGGAGUUGUUGGAUGAAAGUCCAGUCACUCCAGGCGAGACCAGACCUGCUUACGAUGGUUACGAGGCUUCUAAGCAAAUCAUCAUUGAUGCUGAAAACGCAUUGGCCUCAUGGACCUUUGACUCAGCUGCGGUGCGUCCUACCUUAUCAUUGGCUGCUCACGAGGAUGAGGCUUAUCUCGACGAUGAAUUGGCCAACGAGGCUGAAAACUUGAGAAUUGCUGAAAAGGAUUUCGACAAUGCUGAGGCCGAAUUGGCUUAA